AAACCUCGGUUACUUCAAAGUACAUAAACCCUGCGAGGUGAAUGCAAGAGCGCCACAAAAACGCUUUCUUUUGGAGCUUCACCAGAAUCUCCCCAAACCCAUGUCGCACGCACUUCAUCUUGUUUCCAAUAACGUUCCUGGUUAUGGACCAGCAGACUGCAGAUAUCGCUCCUGCUCAGGUAUUUCUGGAAGAGCCUUGACAUUAUCUCCUUGCUCUUCAUAUAGCGAACACAGAAUUUGUUCGCUGGUGAAGAUAAGAUCUUCAAAAUGUGGUUCCAGGGGAAUACCUUUUGCAUGCAAAGCAAGUUCUAGUGGUUAUAGGAGGAGCCCUGACUUCUCGAGGCAAAGACAUGGGUUGCAAGGUAGGAAUAGGCAAAAUGAAGACAAAUAUAGUUUUGAAAAUCUUGAUGAAUCUGAAAUGUUAUCUUCGAAAAAUGGGCCAGUUCUCUCGCUAUCCAGUUUGACAAAUUUUCAAGCCACAGCAGCCCCAUCUCCAAGGGAGAAGGAGAUUGUGGAGCUUUUCAAGAAGGUCCAAGCUAAACUUCGAGAAAGAGCAGCUGCUAAAGAAGAUAAGAGAGCUGAAGCCUUACAAAGAAAAAGCAAUGAGAGUGAAACAGUUGAUUCGCUCCUUAAACUGUUGAGGAAACACUCAGUCGAACAAGGUAAGAAAAAUGACGGCAUUGGCAACAGCAGCGACCUGCAUUUGGAUCAUCCGGAAGUGAAUGACUCUUCCAUUGAAGAUAAAAGCUCCAGCUUCUUUGAUUACAAAAAACCUUAUGCCCCUACUUUAAGUAGACCAGCAUCAAAUUUUCGACGCAAAUCACCUGUUCCGCGAACGAAAUAUCAGCAAGUUUAUUCCAGUGAGGAGACCAUAAAUUCAGACAGAAAUUUGAGUUUGGCUGAGUCACCUGCUGCGCCUGAUCACUUGCUGGAACUAGAGUCUGAAUCUGAGCCUGAGUCAAUCUAUCAAGAACCUAACAUGUUAGAUGAGUUGUCAGAGAACAAAUCUACGGAUGUUGGUACAGAUGAGAGUGAACAGCAGGUUGAACACGAAGAUCUCAGUGCGUUGAAGGUACAAGAACUAAGGGCACUUGCAAAAUCUCGGGGUUUGAAAGGAUUCUCCAAAAUGAAGAAGAGCGAGUUGGUGGUCCUGCUGAGUUAGUUCAUGAUGAAGCUACCAAAAACGAAAGAUGACUUGCAUUUUGAUAGCUGUGAGAUGCUGGUUUUUAAACUUUUAAUACCACUUACAUUUUAUUUAUCAUUGGGAGAUGAGAAACCAUGGAUGUUUACAUAUUCAGUCAUUAAAGAAAUCAAUCUUCUUUAACAUUAUAUUAACAAA